AUGGCUGAGAGUGGCGAUAUAGCAUGGCAUGAAGAUUUGGCGAACUUUACGGAAAAAACCGGUGGAAAUUCGCGACUUUUGCCAGGUUUUUUGCGCACCAUGAACCGCCGAAUGAAACGCGGCGGUCGGGCUGGACCUACCUCUCCAGCGAGACGGAAACUCUUUGAAGAAGUCGAAGUGAAAGUAGAGGGUCGUAAAGAUCUUCUGCAAGCUUUGGAGGCCGAAAAUACAGCUGCCGAAAGGGCAGAUCAAAACUCGAAUACAUCCAAACCAUCUCAAGAAAAGGAUGACUAUGACCACCAUGAAAAUAACAAUGUAAGCUAUUCAGCUGAAAGUUACGCUAGCCCAGAGGCCCCCGUGAUUCCGACCACUUCAAAUAGACGUAAACGGGCCCGCAGCAAAUCACCUGUAAACCACAAUGGACUCGCAGAAACUCAACUAGAAUUUGAUGCAGCUUUCGACCUGAACUCACCCAAAAAACUGAAAAGCGAGCAAAUUUCAGAUUCUGGCUUUGCAACGGCUUAUUCCUCGUCUCGAAAGCCGCUAGUGUUCUCGUCACCCGCUAAAUCCCCAUCCAAGCCGCUUCUGAACAAAUCACCGUUCAAGAUCACUCUGAAUCGACAUUUCACACCUACACCGUUGCCCUAUGAGGGAGAAUACCAGCCUCCUCAAGAGAAACAUUUAACGUAUUUUUUUGACGGCUUCGAGGGAUACAUCGAUCAAAAAAAGCCCAUUCGGGCCAACAAAAAAUCUACCAAUUCUAUGGCAAUGGCACCUCAGAUCACAAGAGAGGACUUCUCACUUUUAUCCAACACGCUCAACUCGUGGGUGCAUCGCAAUAGCAAGCACUCGUUACAAAACAUUCAACGCGCCAUGUUCCCGCAAUUUUGGUUCGAGCUCGAUCAAGGUUUCUCGCUGCUGUUCUACGGAAUAGGCUCUAAACGCAAGUUUCUUGAGGAAUUUGCGACAGAGUACUUAUCACCAAGGCUGACUUUGUCGGAAGAACUGAAUUCUCAACCCCUCGCAGUAGACGAAGCUGGCAUUAAGGGUGAAUUUGAUGAAGCCGAUGACGCCCAAGUUGAUGCUGAUGACGCUGAGGUUGAUGGGGUGCCCUGUGUUGUCAUCAACGGCUACAAUCCGACCUGUAAUUACCGAGAUGUGUUUCAUUCUAUCUCGGAAAUAAUGCUCAAGGAAGAGCUCUCGAAGUCAGAAACCAAGUAUUGGAGCAAUCACGUCGACUUACAGAUCAACAAGAUGGUUGAGGUCUAUCGCAACUCAGCUCCCGUGAUCAAGUUGAUCGUCCUGGUGCACAAUUUGGAUGGCCCCAUGGUUCGAAAAGAUCCCUUUCAAAAUAUGUUGAGCUUGCUUGCCCGUGUCCGCCAAAUAGCCCUGAUCGCGUCCACCGACCACAUUUAUGCACCGCUUCUGUGGGACCAUGUUCGCGCUCAAAACUUCAAUUUUGUUUUCCACGACAUUACCAAUUACGAGAGCUACGCCGUAGAGUCCUCGUUUGGUGAUGUUUUGAAACUAGGAAAGAGCCAGGGUACCACCGGUGCAGAGGGCGCCCGCUACGUUUUGCAAUCCCUAACGACGAAUUCCAAGCGGAUGUAUAAGCUGUUGAUUGAGACCCAGCUGAGCGCUAUGGAGGGUUCGCAGUCCAAAAUUUCUGCUAACAAGAAGGGAACUCACACAUAUGGCAUCGAGUUCAAACAAUUUUAUCAUAUGUGUGCUGCCGAAUUCAUUGCAUCCAACGAGGUAUCUCUGCGAUCCAUGUUGGGAGAGUUUAUCGAGCACAGGAUGGCAGCUCUGACGAAGAACAGAUCCGGUGCUGAGACUCUUUAUGUGCCCUACGCUUAUUCGGAAAUGAAGGCUCUUUUAAGAGACGUUUUGGAUACUUAA